UAUACAAUGGAAAUGCAUGUGUCCAGGGGUGGGCUGAAGCACCGAGGAUGUGCUGCAGUGCCGUUGGAGCUGCUUUCCAGGCGAGACGUUUAACAUUCCCACAACAGCUAUUAGACGAAGGGCAGGUUACCUCCCCGGGGGUGGGGUGGGGUCAGCUGUAACCCCCUCCACCAUCAUCACACCGUGUUACUGUGGGUGAGUGGGAUCUCGCUGUGCUAAAGCCAGCAGUCGCGUUUUCCGCCUCACAAGGAACUCCAGGAGUUAUAACCGGGCAAAGCUGUUGCCACAAACCCCCCUCCAAAAUCAAAUCAAAACGUUUCUCGUGUUUUUUUUAAAUGAGAUGUUUUACAUUUUUAAAAAAAUAAGCGAGACUGCCCCUGCCAGUUUUGGCAGGCGAGGUUUGGGAUUCUAUUUAUAAAUAAAAUUAAGCCUGGGGGAAGGGAUGUGUUUAAAAACCAGAAAUUUUAUAAGUACCGAGAGGGCGGUUUUUGCGCCUUGGCCGCUGAAAACUUAGGGCGUGGCGUUUAAUGAACAAAGGGAGAGAGCGCUGUGCGUGUGGCCGGAGACACGCAGAGGAGGAAAGGGCUGAGGAAUAUUCAGCAGAGCAGAAGCAACACCACACAGCGGGGGAAGGGAGCACCGUUUCCAAACUCCGACCGGGAGUCCGCGAUGGACUAGGCUCCAGAAAAGGGCAUCGCCAAGCCGGAGGGUAGCUGGAUCAGUUGGGAGAGGAGCGAGGCUGGCGGGACGCUUCGGAGAAGUUUCCACAGGCGCUGCCCUAACCCCCGGGGACAUGGCGACAGCGCAGGCCGGCAUCGAGGGGCUCCCCCCUCUGCCCAGGGGACUGAGCGGGAUCCUCAGCUCGGCCGGCGGCUCCUGGAGGGAGAUGGAACGGCUCUACACCAAGAAGACCAUGAUACAGGAGGAGCUGAGCCGCCCUCGGCCGGCGGCAGGCAGCCUCCGACGGAGCAGACCGGCCAACCUGGACGCUGCGCUCGCGUCCCUGCGGAAGGAGAUGGUGGGGCUCCGGCAGCUUGACAUGUCUCUCCUUUGCAAGCUGUGGUCGCUCUACGAGUCCAUUCAGGAAUACAAGGGCCUGUACCAGGACAUGAACUCCUCCGUGGCAACCGAGGGGCCCUUCUCCACCGAGAAUGGUUACUACGACGAUGACGACGAUGAGGAUGAGGCUGAACCGGCCAAGGACGUGCCGACGUGUAACAGUCUGAAGGUUCUCCACACCCAGAACUCCCGGGACAAGUGGCUGGAGGACUCCUUCCACAUCACAAUAUGAAGUACAGCCCUCCACACCUGCCCCUGCUCAGCUUGGAGGUUUCCAAGACUGGUCGUAAUCACCUUUUGCAUUACUUCCCAUGGUCCCUGAAGCUGUCUGACCUCUUGAUUUCACUGAGGACCGUUGGAUGAAAUAAGACCACAAGAUAUAGGAACAGAAUAAGGCCAUUCAGCCCAUCGUCUGCUCCGUCAUUCAAUCAUGGCUGAUAUUUUUUCCAACCCCAUUCUCCCGUCUUCUCCCCUUAACCACCACGAACCUAUCAAUCUCUGCCUUAAAUACACCCAAUGACUUGCCCUCUGAAUCAUAGAAUCAUAGAACAAGCCCUUUGGCCCACAAUGUUGUGCCAACCUUUAAAACCUCUCCUAAGACUAUCUAACCCCUUCCUCCCACAUAUUUCUUCUAUUUUUAAAUUCCCCCAUAUGCUUAUCUAGCAAUCUCUUGAACUUGACCAAUGUACCUGCCUCCACCAUCGCCCCAGGCAGCGCAUUCCAUGCCCCAACCACUCUCUGGGUGAAAAGACCUCCCUCUGAUAUCUCCCUUGAAUUUCCCACCCAUUACUUUAAAGCCAUGCCCUCUUGUAUUGAGCAUUGGUGCCCUGGGAAUGAGGUGCUGGCUGUCCACUCUAUCUAUUCCUCUUAAUAUUUUGUACACCUCUAUCAUGUCUCCUCUCAUCCUCCUCCUCUCCAAAGAGUAAAGCCGUAGUUCCCUUAGUCUCUCCUCAUAAUGCAUACUCUCUAAACCAGGCAGCAUCCUGGUAAAUCUCCUCUGCACCCUUUCCAACGCCUCCACAUCCUUCCUGUAAUGAGGUGACCAGAACUGGACACAGAGCUCUAAGUCCACAGAUUCACCACCCUCUGGCUGAAGAAAUUCCUCCCCACCUCAGUUCUAAAGGGACGUCCCUUUAUCCUGAGGCUGUGCCCUCGGAUCCUACAUCCACUCUCUCCAGGCCUUUGGACCAUGUUGAUUUUAAAUUACCUUCGUUGCUUUAAUUCCUACUCCAGCUUUGAAAACAUCAGUUCACCCACUGCUGAAGUCCUUGGCUGCACUCUGUUACCCCUCACCGACCCCUCCUUCCCUCCCUCCCUCAUUCUGCUCACCGUACGAGCUAGGCACAGGAAGACUCCACGCAGCCUCUUGAACCGGCUCCACCAUUUAAUAUGUUCGUGGCUGACCUGACUGUAACCUCAAUUCCAUGGGAAUUAUCCACCACCUCGUUUAUCAAUGCCUUGAAAGUAUUCCACUGUCCCUCCGAGGGAGAGAAUUCCGAAGACUCACGGCCCUCGAGGGAUUUUGCCUCAGCUUUGACUCAAAUGGGAAGCCCUUAUUUUUUGAAACGGUCCUCCUGCCUCGUUCUAGAUUCUCCCACAAGAGGAAACAUCCUCUCCACACCUUCUGUGUUUCAGACAAGCCUGCUGUCCCACUUCCAGCUGUACAAGCCCAGCCUGUGCAAUCUUUCCUCAUUAUACCAGAUUAUAGUGCAAUUAUAAUAUAAUUAUAGCAUAAUUAAAUUUCUCUGAACUGCU